CAACUUCUGAAGGACUUCUGGUCCUGGAAAUGCUAAGGAGGAGUUGAACUUUCACCCAGAAAACAAACAAGAAAAGUUAUGUGCAGAUGGUUUUGCAAGCUAGUAACUACUUCAUCAUGGCUCAGAGAGAAACAUUAGUUCAUCUUUUUGCAGGCGGAUGCGGUGGUACAGCAGGAGCCAUACUCACCUGCCCCCUGGAGGUUGUAAAGACUCGUCUUCAGUCAUCUGGUGUAACCUUUCGCCCUAUCUACUUUCCUCAGGUGCAUCUUCAGACCAUUAAUGGUGGCAGCUUUGUCCGCUCGACACCCUUAUCACCAGGUCUCCUACAGAUUUUGAAGACAAUUUUGGAGAAGGAAGGAGCACGCUCCCUUUUUCGAGGACUUGGACCAAAUCUUGUUGGAGUUGCACCAUCAAGGGCCAUUUAUUUUGCUUCAUAUUCAGGAGCAAAAGAACAUUUCAACACUAUCUUUGAACCAGAGUCCAAGAAAGUGCACAUUUGCUCAGCAGCCUUUGCUGGAUUUUCUUCAAUUACAGCAACCAACCCCAUUUGGUUGGUGAAGACAAGGCUACAGCUUGAAGCAAAGGAACGUGGUCAGAAGAAAAUGAAUGCAGUUCAAUGUGUGAAGAGAGUUUACCAAAUGCAAGGGUUCCGCGGGUUUUACAGAGGAAUGACAGCCUCUUAUGCAGGGAUAUCUGAGACUAUUAUCCACUUUGUAAUAUACGAGGCACUGAAACAACGUCUGAGACAAGAGCGGUACUUGACACCUCCAGGGACAACCCAUGUGAAUCAAGACUCUUGGGACUUUCUCGGGUUAAUGGUCUCAGCAGGCAUCUCAAAGACAUGCGCCUCGUGUGUCGCAUACCCACAUGAGGUAAUCAGAACUAGAUUAAGAGAAGAGGGGACGAAGUACACUUCUUUCCUGCGGACAGUACGGCUUGUGGCCAAGGAAGAAGGGUACACAGCUUUCUACCGGGGACUCAUGGCUCAGCUUAUCAGGCAGAUCCCUAACACUGCCACUAUGAUGGUGACCUAUGAACUCAUCUUGUAUAUGGCAGAAAGAGUGUGACCAGGUGUACUUCACUAAUAAUUAAGAUGGGCCAAAACUGCUUUGGAAUGAAGUCUCACAAACUGUGGAUAUGUGUGGCGCCAAAGCUUAGAAGUGAUGGAAUAAUGCACCGUGAAAGAAAGAGAGAAGCACUGUGGACAGCUUGUUAGAAAUCAGUUAGACAAUGCUGUGUUUUCUACUAGGAAUCUUGGGAGUUCAGCUGUGCUGGAAUGCUGUAAGCAGGAAUAUUCUAGGAUUGUGCUGGUCACAAGUUUUGACUUCAUUAAGGAAAGUUGAAGUCAAUUUGUUACAGACAUAAUGCAGUUCUGUGAACUCUGUAAAAAGAGGUGAAAUCUGGAUCUUUUUAUGCUAUCUUUGUACUUGUGGUAUAAAAACACUUUUCUUAGCAAAAUGCAUAUUGUAUUGUUAUUGCAUGUGUUAUACACAUGAUGUAGACAGUUGUGUUUUUCUACUGUAUCCAGACCUCAGGGGAUUUAUAUUUGGACAGAAAUUGUUCUUUGUCAUUUUGAUAGCACUCAGUGUUUGUAUUCCAGGUGAUGCAAGUAACAUGUUCCAUUGCCAGGAAGCAGGUCUAGUUAACAUGAACCCACUGUGUUGUGUAAAACCACAUUGGAAGGAGAAAGUAUUAUUUCUGGAGUAAUGUUUCUGGAGUGCUGUCUUGCAGGCAUGAUGGACCAUUCUUGGAGUUAGUUGACGUGCAGUGUUUAAACUAGAGGAAUCGUAAGGAAAAUACCUAAGAGGGUGUGUAGCUUAAUACACAUGUGGAGCACCAUGUCACAUACUUGGAACACUGAGAAUGAAGCAUGCUGUCCACAAGGCUUAAUAAAAGUGUGCUGAUCCACUGUGUCUAAUUAGAGUGGCAAAGAAAGUGUCACCAAAACAAGAAGGAAGGAGAAAGGUUAUUAUAAAAUUAAAGGAAACUGGGAGACUGGAGCACAGGCGCUUAACAAAGCAAGUUAUAUGAACGUAAAUGGCAUAGAAUGUUAUAACUUUGUCUUUGUUAGGUUUGAUAUAAGAUGGACACUUGUAUGUGAAAUGCAGGAAGAAGUCAAAAUGGAGUAGCAUGGUAAUUAGAUGAGGCGCACUUAGGUGGACCCCCCCCCUUCAAAGAGCAUCACAAAAUUGCUUCUAAGAUCCGAAUCGGAUAGUAACUAUAAAAUGUAAUGUGGCAUUGUAACUUUAGAACUUUCACUACCUCAGCAUGGCAAUGGCUAUUUGCAAAAUGGAGGAACCAUAGCUGAUCAUCAUGUAGGCUUAGUGUAUUACCUGCUCUAUCACUGAAGUUAUAAUUAUGUCAUGAGUGCAUGCUGGCAGUUUUGUAAUGCCCAGUCUUUUAUUAAAUACAUUUUUUGCAUUCAAACAUUAUCCAGUUGAAGACUGAACUACAUGUGAUGUUAUGUUUUUUUUUUUUGUUUUUUUUUUUUUUAUUAUUUUCACUAAAAAGGCUGCUGAGUUGGUCAAGCAACAACUAGCGACAUCUUGUAAAAACUAGCUGCCAUGCAGCUUGACUGCUUACUAGUUACUUUGCAGCUACUUCCUGUGUGCAUUGCAUCGACCACAGUUCAUGCAGUACUCAUUAUCAUGAAGGCAUUCAAAACUCCCCAGAGGAACUGUAGGGCAAUUCCAUUCAUACACCCCUUUUUAUAGGAGUAGUUUUAACAUUUACAAAGGAUGUUUAAGGAAGAGCAUUUCCUGAAUAUAUCUCCAGGUCUGUGCAUGUGAGACAGUAACCACUGCAGUGACAUUAUUACUUCGCGUUCAGGACUAAGGCCAUUUUAAGCUGCACUGUAUUGAUAUAGUAAAUGACUAAUAAGCUAUGUGUACCACAGUUGUACAGAAUGACAUUUUUUUGUCAGUGUCUCAGCAGCAUUGUGGACUUUUGUUGCUAGAGAGGUUGGAGUACAUGCUUUGCUAUUUUUGAUAAUGUUUACCUUUGUUUCUGCAUCUGGCAGCAGUGACAUGUCUGCUAUCUUACAAUGAGCUCCAGAUGGCAUGCAGAAUAUAGGAUUCUAAUUAACUUGAGGCUAGUAGUUCUUGCAUUUAUUCUGCCCAUUAGCUUCAGAAAGCUAAGCAGUGUGUGGAAAAUUGGUCAGGGCUGCAUAUUCUUCUUGACCUUAGGAGAUAGUGGGUUAUCUAGCACACUGCCACAGUUUUUGGUGGUCAGUUCAGUUUAAUCACAAAUGUCGUAUAGUCAUAGAUUAGUACAAGGCUAACUCCCCUUGUGGUCCAUUUUAAGCCUAGCCAGUUACCACAUGUGCAAACCUUGCAACUUGUGUCUAAAAGGUCAAUAUCUUAACCAAUGUACCAACCUCCCAUGUAAGUUUUUGAGAAUGGAAAAGCUGACACUCGAAGUGGGAUGUGCAUUUCACCUUUUCAUAUCUAGUAUUAUAUAGGAAUUCUUUUGAUUGGCUGUUGAGUACAGCGGUUUUUGAAAUUUAGUUGUAGUAAAAUUACAUAUGUGGUCUGAGGGAGAAGAUGUCACACACACAAGCAAGCAAAUGAUAAGGAGACAUUUUAAGGUACUAUACAUGUUGGCCUUAUAGUCAUGGAUCCAUUUUCUACAAGGAUUACAGUUAUCGUCACAAAGCAGUCGUCACCGAUAACCAUGCUUUGUCACACUUAAUUAGCUAGAAUCAGACAAUGGUUUCAUAUCACUGAAUAGAUGCUUGUACAUGCAGUCUUGUCAGUCCUAAUAUAAUACCCUUUUUUUUU